CUUAAUUGCUCCUGUAAGUCACUCUGGGAAAGAGCGUCUGUUCAAUGACGUAAAUGUAAAAUGUGUGGCUCGAAGACGGGGAAUAUUAAAUGUCACGUGAAGCUCUCCAUCAUGUGACUGGCGGAAAGGCAAAAUGGCGGCCACGGGAAAGGAGGCUGCUGCGAUGGACAGCAUCUCCAGAGUACCCCCGGCCCAUCCCACCGUCCUCAGCCUGGGAGGGAGCUCCGAACCCCAGGGAGAGCCUGGCGAGACUGCUGCUGAGGACCAGGUUGUGCCCGCGGCGCCCAAGAAGCCCACCACCAGCAGCAGUGACGGUGGGGUGGAGACUGCAGAGGAGGCCGUAGAGCCAGCAGAGUCGGACAUCAAUGAGCUCUGUACAGACAUGUUCGAUAAGAUGGCUGUCUUCCUACAAGGAGAACUCACAGGCACCUGUGAGGACUACCGUCUGCUGGAGAACAUGAACAAGCUGACCAGUCUGAAGUACAUGGAGAUGAAAGACAUCAGCAUUAACAUCAGCAGGAACCUGCAGGACCUCAACCACAAGUACGCCAGCCUCCAGCCCUAUCUAGACCAAAUAAACCAGAUUGAAGAACAAGUGUCGUCUCUGGAGCAGGCUGCUUAUAAACUGGACACCUACUCCAAAAAGCUUGAGGCCAAGUUCAAGAAACUGGAGAAGCGAUGAGGAGGAGUAAAUAUGGAAGAAGAAUAUAAGGAAAGGAGGAAGAGGGGUUGAUGGAGGAGGCCUGAGGGGUACUGGUCCUCCUUCUCCCUGUCUGUAGACCAACCCUAACCCAUUUGAUUUGAGGAAGCAAGACCCACAUCUUUACAACAUCAGCCUGAUAUAGAGAGGUAUGAGGUAGCCUGGGGUUGGUUGGAGGGAUAUCCCAGAUGUUAGACCUAGAAUUAUCAUUUUGGUUGGAUCAUUAAAGUUGCAUGUAGAUGGGGCUUUGGGUAGUUUAUUGAGUCCUUAUUCCUGUUAGCAGCGUUCCAGGCCGCUCUGUGUCGUCCUGUCACAAUUGUAAUUUACUUCCUGGAUUUAGUGAAUUUAUCCUGAAUUGACCCCUACCCUGGUGCACACUACCCUAGAAUCACCAACCUCCUAACCUUGAAGUUACACAGCUAAGAAGAUGAUGACAACCAAAUUAAGGCCCCCUGUAGCUCAGUUGGUAGAGCAUGGCGUUUGCAACGCCAGGAUUGUGGGUUCGAUUCCCACGGGGGACCAGUAUGAAAAUGUAUGCACUCACUAACUAAGUCGCUCUGGAUAAGAGCGUCUGCUAAAUGACUAAAAUGUAAAUGUGAAUUCACUUUUCUACUGAUGGACUUUAGCUUCUUUAAAGAUUUUCUUCUGCUGGCAUCAUGAACUGAAUUCAAACCUUUUAUAAUACUUUUCUGCUUGUGUAUACUAAUGUCCCUUAAAAGCAUUGCCAUACAUGUUUGAUUGCAGCAUGUGUAAAAUGUAUCUUCUAAAAACAUUAACUUUGAACUGAAAAUACAUUUGUGAAGGAAA